AUGGACAAUUUAAAUGGAUACUUUGGUCGGUUAAAAAACCUAUUGACAGAUUAUGGAUUAUAGAAAAAUAUUAGCAUAUGUGAAUAAUAUGAUAAUUUGUAUAGUGUAAGAUAAAAUCAAGAUUGGGAUCGACUUAAUUAAUUUUUAGAAAAAGAAACCUUUUUAACAGUUUGUCAAUUGCCAACUUCUUUAUAACCAUAAAAAAUUGUAUUUGAAAAACUUUAGAAACAUAGCUUCAGAAUUAUAGAAUUAAUUAUUUAAUGUAGAAAUUCUACAUUUUAGUUAAACUCUAUUAUAUUGAAAAAUUUAAUAUUUUUUUUUUUUAUACCUGAUGAAUUGGAUUUGAGCAAUUAAGAAAAAACAGGAAUAUAUCAAAUAUUAGGAGAAAUACUAUGUAAUAUGUGGAUUUAAUUUGAAUAUCAUUAUUAAUAGUUAAAAGACUAAAAUUAAGGCAAGAAAUAAUUAAUAUCUUUAUAAGAAAUAUUAUCUUAAUUUAAGACAGAUCCAUCUAAAUUAUAUGAAUAUAUACAAUUUUUAGUUAAAAAAUUAUUGAACAAAAAUGAAUAAAGUACAUUAAAUUUUGAAGAAAUUGAGAAUUUGAUAGACAAAUUAUUGCCAAUUUCAUUUGAUCUUUAAAUUAUUUUUUAUAUGAUGUGCUUCUAUUGUUUAGUUCAUUUUGAUGAAUAUUUUAGAAAGAGGUUAGCUAGAGAUAAUCAACUAGAAAAGUUAAAACUACUUAAUUAAUAUAUCUAAUUUAGAAAAAGUUCGAAUAAUGAACUUAAUGGAAAAUUAGAUGAUUAAUUAAGAUAGUUUAAAUAAAAAUAAUAUGAUUUAAAAAAACAAUUAGAAAAAGAAAUUAUAUUUUCAGGAAGAUUUCAUAAUUUAAAUAAAAAAUAGCAUAUCAUGAACUUGAAUUAAUAUACAUAAUAAAAUGCAAAAAUGUAUAAUUUACUAUCAAAUAUAAGUAAUGAGAAACAACGUAAAAUAUAUUAAUUAUUUCAAACACUUAUUAAGGAAGAUAAUUUAAUUAAUGUUAUUUUGGAAUUAGAAAAAGAAAAAGAAAAAGAAAAUUUUUUAUCUGGAGAAUUAGAAAUUAUUCUUAGAAUGGUGAUAGAAUAUUAAAAUAGAAAUAUUGCUAAUUUUUAAAUACUUUAUUCAAUCUUUUCCUCUGUAAGAACUCAUUAAGAGAAAGAGAAUAUUAUAAAAAUAUCUGAAUAUGAUUCAAAUCUACCACUUGAAUAAUAAAUUAAUUUAUUAUACAAUUUCUCUAAUGAUUAAUUGUAAUUGGUUAUUAAUUAAGAUUUAAUUGCUCAUUCUUUAAUUUAAGCAUACUUAUAAAAUUUUAAUAUCCAAAUUCUUGAUGUUUUAAGAAAGUUAUUUUAAUAAAAUUAAUAGAUAGAGCAGUAAGGUGAAUCUACAAAAUUAUUCUCUCUUCUUUUAAAUUGCUUGUUAAAUGAUGAAAUACAUAAAUUAACAUAUGAAAAUCGAUUAGAUUAAAUAUCUUAAGAUGUAUAUCUUACAACUAUAGGUUAUAUAUAUAAGUUUUUCAGCUAUUUAAAAGUAUAAAAUUUAUAAUAAGUAUUCAAAAUGGCAAUAUAAACCAUUUUAAAAUUUCCGUAAAUAUAUUGUUUUGAUCAUUUUCUUGAAAUAUUUUUUAGCAAUUGUAGUAAGGAAUAAAUAUUAAAUGUAUUUGAAUUAGUUUAUUACUGGAAAACAAAGUAGAUAGAGCUACUACUUCCUAAUGCUGAAUAGUUAUGCGAAUUAGAUGCUAAUUUAUAUAGAGAAUAAUUUAAAAAAAUAAAUUACUUUGACAUUAAUUAAUUAAAUGUUACAACAUUAUUAUAAAGAUUAAAGAAUGAUAUAUAUCCAAAAUCUCUAAAUAUCUCAUUAGAAGAUUUUAAUAUUUCAUUGACUUUACUAAAUCAGUAAUAAUAAGAAGAAUUAGUCAAGAAUUGGAUUUAGAAUGCUAAAGAUCCUGGAGCUUUUAAGUAAUUAAUACCAUUUUUCUUUAAUUUUAUUAAGAGAGGAGAAUCAUCUAAUAAAUUCUUAAAAAUUAUUGAUGAGUAAUUAGAAAAUGAGGAAGAAUUAAGAAUCAAGUACGGUUUUUUUAAUUAAAAAUUAAUAUUUUAAAUAUUUUAUAACAACUCUGACGAUGAAUUAAAAGUGAUGCUUCUAAAACUUAUGAGUAAAUAAUAUCCAAUUCCAUUAUUAUACAGAGAUUAAGACAAACUAAUAUUUAAUAUUAAUACUUUCUAUGUAUUUGAGCAGAAUUAUUCGAUUAUUAAUUUAAGUUUGGCGAAGAAUCAAAAAAGAAUAGGUAAAACAGAUUUAAUUAAUAAAAUAUUUUAUAAUCGAGAUAAAUUUGAAAUAUCAGAUGAUAAUGAUUUAAAUCAUCAAACUAUAGAUAUCAUGUAUGAUUUUGAAUUUAAUGGGUCAAGAAAUUUAUCUGUUGCAGAUGCUCAUGGUUUUAUCCCAUUAAAAAUUUUAGAUGAUAUCUUACCAAUGUUCAAGCUGUGGAUUAUUUAACUAGAUACUAAAAAAGAAAUUUAAGAAACAAUAAAAAAUUUAAAUAAGUUAGAAUCUUUUAAAAAUUAAUAAAAAGUUGUUUGUUUUUUAAUUAGAAAUUCUUCUGGAAAAUUAGAUGAGUAAGAGACUGCAUAAUUAGAAUAUUUAAAUAUUGAAUAUAAGUAAGUGAUUGAUUUAUCAAAUACAAGAUUAAAUAAUUAAAAGAAAAAAGCUGAAAUCGCUGGAACAUCCUCUUUUUUAUUCAAUUUAAUUUAGAAAAAUCUUACUAAUAUAUUUAAAUAAGAAGACUACUUUAAAUUGAUUUGUGAAAUGGACAACUGCGCUUAAGAUCAAAUUAAUCAGAUUAAUUAGACUCAAGUUCUAUUGAAAGAAUUUGAAUAAGAAUUAGAAUAGUUGAUGUAGCACGAAGAUGGCUUUUAUAGUUAAAAUGCUUUUCCAUUAAGAAGCAUUGAGUGGUAAAUAAAAAAAGAAAAAGAAGAAUACAUGAAAAUUUAAUCGAAUUGCUAAAAUAGAUAAUCUGAAGAUAAACUUAAUUAAAUUAAUUAAAAAAUCAAAAAUUUAGAAAUUUCUAAAAAUUCAUAGAGACCAUCUUCAGUUUUACUUAAAUUUUGUAACCUAUUGAAGAAACCAUAUUAUUAUAUAUUAUAUAUUCAUUUGGUUGAUAAAAUAAGGAAAUUUAAUGAAAAAAAUAAUUAUUAACUAUAAAGAGAAAAUUAAAAAUUAAAUGAAGAAAUCUAACUAUUAAGAAGAGAAAGGAAUCAAAGUAAUAUAUAGUUAUAUGAAAAUUUAAAUAGAUAGAUAAAUGAAAAAAUUAAGAAAUUAAAAUAAAAUUGUGUAACCAUUUCCAAAAGAAAUAUUGGAAUAGAAAUUUUUUGGAGAGAAGUCAUAUCUUAAAGAGAAUAUUGCUAAUAAUCAAAAAUUGAUUUUGAUCCUUCUAAAAUAAUUAAAGAAAUGAUUUUUAAAGGAGAACCAUUUGAAGUUUUAGAUGGUGAUACAUUAAAAAUUGAUUAAAAAUUCCUUAAAUCACUUAUAUCUAACUUUAAGGAAUAAGGAUAAGAAAGAAUUUUAGUAUUGAGUGUUUUAGGACCUCAAAGUUCUGGUAAAUCAACAAUUUUAAAUAAAAUAUUUGGAUGUCAUUUUUGGACCAGUGUUGGAAGAUGUACAAAAGGAAUUUAUUUGUAGUUUUUGAAAUUACAUAACAAAGCAUAUUUUAAGAAUUUAUUUGAUUACAUUAUUAUAUUAGAUACUGAAGGUCUUUAAAGUCCAAGUUAAGAGGAUUAAGAAUUUGAUAAAAAAAUAGCACUUUUUGUAUUGUCAAUAAGUGAUAUUAUUCUAGUUAAUGUAAAAGGAGAAAUAACAAGAGAAUUUAGAUCAUUAGUUGAAAUGUGUGUCUACACAUUAGGAUAAAUGAGAAGUUUUACAAGUUUAAAAUCAAUUACAUGGUGUUUUAAUUAAAAUAAUGAUGUUAAUAAUCAUGAUCGUUUUUUAGAAUAAUUAUAGUCAAUAGCAACAAAUUUAAAUAAAGAAUUAGGCAACCAUGAUAAUGAAUAAAUAGAUUAUAAUAAAAUUUUUGGAAUUACAAAAGAGAGUAUUAAGAUCUUAGGAUUUGCAUCGACUGAAAAGCUAUGGAAAAAAAAUAUUAAUGAAGGAAUAUAUAAAGAUUGGCGUCAAUUAGAUGUAAAUGGAACAUUCUCCUAAGAAGCUUAUGAAUACGGUAUUAGUAUGAUUCAAGCUUAUGUAGAUAAGUUUGAAAAGGAAAGGUAAAUGAAUGAUAACAAUACAAAUGGUAUUUUAGAAAUGGAAAGUUUAAGAUGUUUUAUAGAAAAAAUUGAAACGACUUGGUUAAGUAUAAGAAGAUUACCUGAUUUACUUGAAUUUUCAGAAUUAGUCUAGCAUUAACAAAAUCAAUCUAUGAGAAAAAUGUAUAGUUAAAUCAUAAAUAAAAAUAAUGUGUUUCCCAAAAAAUUUGAUUUUAUCAAUUUAAUUCAUUUAAAAAUUAAAGAUGAUAAGAAUCGUUUGUAAAUUAAACGUUUAAAUGAUAUAUAAAAAGAAUGUAAUUAAAAAAUGACUGAUGACUUUAUUAGAAUUCAAAAUGACUUAUUGUAAGAAUUGUAAGCUUUCAAAAAUAACAAUAGAAUUUCAAAAAGAAUAUUCAAAAAAUAUGAAAUGAUGGUUAAUGAUAAAGUUAAUUUUGAAAAAUCAGCCAUUGAAUUAGCAAUAUACUCAGAAAUGAUGAUUUAAGAAACUAAUUAUUAACAGAAAAUGGGUUUUACUAAAAUUGAAUAAUUUAUUUUAGAGUAACUUGGAAAUGAAAAUGAGUUAAAAAAAUAUAAAGAAGAUGAGGGUAAGAUCGAAGAAAAGUUUAAUGAGCUUUGGAAAGCAAUAAUAGAAUAAGGCAAAUAAAAGUAAGAUGAAAUAUUUAGAGGGCAUUGUGAUGAAUUGCUGAAAGUUCUUAAAGAAAAUUUUAAAGAAUAUAUUUUGGGUUAAAGCAAUGAAGCCAAUUAUAUAGAAUAAUAGAUAUCAAGUUUAAUUAAAUAAAAACCAUAAUAAGAAGAUUAUUUAAAAUCAUUAGAAAUAUUAAAAUUAGAUUUAUCGAGAUGCCAAUUUAUAAUCGCAGAAAAAAGAACAUUAAAUAAAGAUUACAUAUUUUUUGAAAAUUUUAACUAAAACAUAGAAAAUAAAAUAAUGAAAUGUUCAUCUACAUAAGUUUUAUAAAUCAAUUAAUUUUAUUCUUAAAAAAUAGAAAUUCGAUAUAUGAUUAAAGAAGAUUUUGAAUAAUAUAAAUAAAAAGAUAUGCAUUUUGAUAUCCAAUCCUACUAUAGUUAAGCUGCCAAUCUAGAUAAAUUUUAAUUUAUAACUUUUUUAAGAAAUUUCUCUAUAUUUGGAUAUAAAAUCGAAGAACAAAAUGCAGAAUCUUUAUUUUCUUAUAUUGAGGGAUAGUCUGAAUGUGAUUAAAAUAUGUUAUCUUCCUGCUUUCUAUCUGGAUAAAGGUAAUAUUUUGGGGAGACUCAAUAUGAUUCCUCAAUUGAUAUUAUCAACAGACAAUGUAAUCGCUUUAGAAAUUAUAUUAAAUAAUAACAAAUAAUUAUUGAAUCAACCUAAAAUAAUGAAAUAGAAAAUAGCAGAAAAAAGUUUAAUGAAAAUAAUUUUUUUAUAGUAUAAACUUAGGUAUAAGUAAUAGUAAAUUAAAAUAUUGAACCCUAAUUUAAUACCGAUGUGGAUGUGGUCAAUAUUUUAAGUUUUAUCUUGAAUCAAAAUUUAUAUUCUUAAUUUUAAGGUAAUUUUAGACUAGGUGUUGCUGAAUUUAUUCAAUAGUUAAUGAUUCUUAAAAACUAUGAAGGAUGGAAAAAAAUAUAUAAUGAGAUACAUUAAAUGAUACUGCAUUAGAUCAAAGAAAUGAAAGCUAAAUAAUAUAGUUUUAGUUUAAUAAAAAGCAUUUUGUAAAAAAUAGAAGUUAAAAUUAAAGAUUUAAAUAUGUAAUUUUCUAAUUUUGGAGUUAUUUUGAGCGAUUUAGGAGAACGAUAGAUUUUCUAUUUUGUAAUAUUUAGUAUUUGGAGGGUUUUAUGCUAUAAGUAAUUUAAAUUAACCUAGAAAACUUUGUAAUAGUUAAUUGACCAAAGGGAUUUGCAAUAUUAAAAAUUUAAGGCUGACAUCCAAUAAAAUAAACAAGAGUAGAGCAAAAUCAGAGGAGAAUAAUUAGCUGAUGAAAUUAUAAAACAAGCAAUUUUAAGAUUCCAAGCAAAGUAUUCUGAAGAAGCUAAAUCAUAAUUUAUUAAUUCGAAUACAGAAUUCAGUUUUAAUAUAAUAUAAAAACUUGAUAAUGAAAUUCUUGAAAGAAAUGAUUAAACCGUUACUGAUGAAUAGAUACUAUACUAUAUCAGAAAUCACAGAGCAUAUAUAGAAAACUAUGUGAAAGAAUCAAUUAACAAGCUUAAAUAGGAAAUUCAAACUAAAUUUACAAAUCAACUACAUUUGGAUCUUAAAUCAUAUUUAGAAAAAGUGGAUGCCAACACUGUAUAUUUAGAUGAACAUGUCGCUUAUCCUUUAUAAGCGAAGGAAUACUUUCAAUAAUUGGAUAACCCUGAAGAUGCUCCAAAAUUGCUAUUUGAAAUAGUUUUAAGCUGUCUUUAGGGAUAGGUAAAACAAGAUUUAUUAGAUU